AUGUCUCACCUCAACAAGAUCGCCCCCAACUCGCCUUCGCGCCAGAACCCCUCGGAGAUCGAGACCAGCAUUGCCAAUGCUCUCUACGAGCUCGAGAACAACAUCCAGGACAUGCGCGCCUCUCUGCGCCCCCUGCAGUUCGUCUCUGCCCGCGAGAUCGAGGUUGGUCACGGCAGAAAGGCCAUUGUCAUCUUCGUCCCCGUUCCCCAGCUCCAGGGCUUCCACAAGGUCCAGCAGCGUCUGACCCGUGAGCUCGAGAAGAAGUUCUCCGACCGUCACGUCCUGAUCGUCGCCUCGCGCCGCAUCUUGCCCCGCCCCAAGCGCAGCAACCGCUCGCGCACCAGCCAGACCCAGAAGCGCCCUCGUUCGCGUACUCUGACUGCUGUCCACGACGCCAUCCUUGCCGACCUCGUCUACCCCGUCGAGAUCGUUGGCAAGCGCAUGCGCACCAAGGAGGACGGCACCAAGGUCCUCAAGAUCGUCCUCGACGAGAAGGAGCGUGGUGGUGUUGACUACCGCCUCGACACCUACUCUGAGGUCUACAAGAGACUCACAGGCAAGGGUGUUAACUUCGAGUUCCCCGUCGCUGCCGCCGAGUACUAA